AGAGCCGCAGGAGGCAGGCGGCGCGGAUAAAUGACGUCAGCGACCGUUUCGCCCAAUGGGGGGAAGCCUCAAGAGGCGCGGAUUUAAAACGUCAUCAGGGCGCGCCCCAGCGCCAGUCUCUUCCUCUCAUGGCUCUUUCAGUCUGUGGAGCCCUGGGCCGUUUCCUGAGUCGGAGGCGGCUGUGGGGCGUCCUCCGCUGGAGCUCCGAAGGGCCUGAGGAGGCGGGGAAGGCGGAGGCGGUGGUGCGGAUCCCUCACUCCUGGCAGCUGCGCCUGGAGCAAAGAGGGCAGCCUGGGCCUAGCAAAGGAGACAGAGAAGUCAAAAGGGGGAAGCUACUCCUUCGAAGCCGUCGCAAGGAGCUGAGCCAGGCCGCGCGGCUGACUGUGGGCCGCUGGGAGAGGCCUCGCUUGGUCUCUGACGGCUGGAAGCACCGUCUCUCUCGGGGGGACUACUUCCAGCUGGAACGGACCAGGAAAGAGGCUCCUCAGGAGAAGGACCCUGAGGCCGUCUCUUUCGAGGCUCUGGGCCUGGAGCCUCAGCUGGCCUCACUCUUAGUAGAGGCCUUUGGCAUCUCUAGUCCCACUCCGGUCCAAAGGCAGGCCCUCCCUGCCCUCCUCAAAGGCAACAACGCUCUCUGUGCCGCCGAAACCGGAAGCGGAAAGACCCUGGCGUACCUCCUCCCCGUUCUGCAGCGGCUCCUUCGAGACCGACAUCUGCCUCGCAGGCUGGGCUCCGUCACUUUCCCUCGCUCCUUGGUGGUGCUGCCUUCGAGAGAGUUGGCGGCGCAAGUACGCGGCGUCGCUCUCCCCUUAUGCGCCCCUCUGGGGUUGGAGGUCAGGGAGAUCUGCGGCGGGCGAGGCAUCGGUGGCGUGCGGCGUAAGAUCCGUGGCGUCGCCGUGGACCUCCUCGUGGCCACACCCGGCGCGCUCUCCAAGGCCCUGCGGAGGAGGAUCUUGUCUUUACAGGAGCUGCGGUUCCUGGUUUUGGACGAAGCUGACACCUUGCUGGACCCCACCUUCGUAGACUUAGUGGAGGACUCGCUUCGGCAAGCGCCGCUCGCCGCCACUAAGAAUGAAGCUGACGACACUUGGGACCCCAAAACCCAAUUGGUGGCGGUGGGAGCCACCCUCCCGAAAGGGUUGCGGGAGCUUUUGAGCGAAGUCGCCGACUUGGACGCUUUCAAAACAUUGACCGGCUCCAGUUUGCACUACCUUCAGCCUCACGUGGAGCAAAGGUUCGUGCGCCUGAAGGGCGCCGACAAAGUGACAGAGCUCCUGCAACUCAUCAAGGACCGCCAGCCCUCGUCCGGAGCGGUCUUGGUUUUCUGCAACAACGCAAGCACCGUCAACUGGCUGGGUUACAUUUUGGAUGACCAUAAAGUGAAACAUCUACGCUUACAGGGACAAAUGCAAGCACAGAUAAGGUCCGGCAUCUUUGACGCUUUCCAGAAAGGCCAGUCCGAUAUAUUGGUCUGCACCGACAUCGCGUCCCGGGGGCUGGACACCACCCAUGUGGAGCUAGUGGUCAACUAUGACUUCCCGCCAACCUUACACGAUUACUUGCACCGGGUCGGACGCGUUGGACGCACGGGCAGCAAGUUUCCUGGAACUGCGGUCAGCUUUGUGACCCACCGGUGGGAUGUGGACCUUGUCCGGAAAAUAGAGACUGCCGCUCGCAAAAGGACUCGGUUGCCUGGGUUGGAACCGGUUGUUUCCGAGGCGGCCUCGCCUAAAGCAAAAUAGUUCCGGACUUAUUUAAAGGACCUGCGUUUUGUACGUUCUUGCUGAGCAAAUGAGCAUCACGGCCAAUGUUCAGUCAAAGAACCUUGCGAUAAAUAAAGUCAGAAACAUAAA